AUGGCUGCUGUCGACCCGGCCGACGACGACGACGACGCCCGUAUGCAGCGCAUGGCUUCCAACAACCCGGCCAUGACGUUGCCGGCCAGCCAGAAGAUCUCGCGACCAGACCUCAACCAGCUGCGUUCGCGAAGUAGCACGACACACACCCCGAAAAAACACAAGCACCGCUCCGACCCAUCCGGAGAUAGCGAGUCCAUCACCAGCAGUAUGUCGAACAUGCCCACCUCAUCAACGCCGCCCAACGACGAUGCCCGACUCCCCUCCAAAUACGACGUGGGCUGGCGGCGCGUGGUGCGCAACUUCUCGCCAUCAUGGUUCAGCGUGACGAUGGGCACGGGCAUCUGCUCGUUGCUGCUGAUCGCGAUCCCGUUCCAGGCGCGCUGGCUGUACUGGCUGUCGGUCUUCUUCUUCGCACUCAACGGCGUGCUGUUCAGUCUGGCCCUCGCUGCCUCCUUGCUCCGCUACACCCUGUACCCGGCCAUCUGGUCCGUCAUGAUCGCCGACCCAAACAACUCCCUCUUCCUGGGCACCGUCCCCAUGGGCUUCGCCACGCUGAUCGAGAGCUGGAUCUUCCUCUGCUGUCCCUAUUGGGGAUACUGGAGCGUCUGGGUCGCCUGGAUUGCUUGGAUGGUCGAUUCUGUCGUGGCCGUGGCCGUGACCGUGUCUCUGCCCUUUUUGCUCAUGAGCCAGCGCGACUCCCAGGGCCUGGACAGGAUCACUGCCGCGCAGUUGUUACCCAUCGCGAGCACCAUUGUUGCUUCGGGCGCCGGAAGUGAAAUUGCCGAACUGCUCGAUUCCCCGAACCACGCCCUGGGCACGCUGACCACCUCGUAUGUGAUGUGGGGUAUGGCAACCCCCCUCGCCAUCACGGUGCUGGUCAUGUACUACCAGCGUCUGGCACUACACAAACUGCCACCACGCGAAGUCGUGGUCUCGUCGUUCCUCCCACUCGGUCCCCUCGGCAUGGGCGGCUACACGAUCAUGUACCUGGGCAAAGUGUCACGGGCGGUGUUUCCACGGGCGGGCAUCUUCCACGCCGUCAACCUCUCCGUGGCCGCCGGCGACAUUGUCUACGUGCUGGGCUUCUUCGUGGCGCUGAUCAUGUGGGGGUUUGGCUUGUGCUGGUUGGUGUUCGCACUGGCGACCAUCUACGCCACGCGCCCGUUCCCCUUCAACAUGGGCUGGUGGGGGUUUACGUUUCCCUUGGGCGUCUACGCCAUCUCCACCAUGACCUUUGGCGUCGAAAUGCCCAGCCUGUUCUUCCGCGUCUUGGGCACGAUCUUCGCCACCGCCGUGAUUCUGCUGUGGUGCGUCGUCGCGGCGGGGACGGCCCGGGGAGCCUGGUCCGGCCAGCUCUUCUACGCCCCGUGCUUGCGGAAUUUACCGGGCCAAAGCGACGACGAGAAGAAGGACGAUGAGUCGAUGAUCGACAAGGAGAAAGCGCCGAGGAAUUGA